AUGUCAGCAUCGUCGGCGCAGACCUCGGGAGCCGCCCGACUCUUGCAGCGCCAGCUCAAGGAGAUGCAUACGUCAUCUGACCUAUCAGGUAUUUCAGUUGGCCUAGCUAAGGAAAGCAAUGUCUUCGAAUGGGAAGUUAUUCUUAUGAUCAAUGAUGAAUGCAAGUAUUACGGUGGUGCCUAUUUCCGCGCCCUCAUGACCUUCCCACCCGAAUAUCCUCACCUACCUCCUCAGAUCGUCUUCCAGACCCCGGUUCCGUUCCACCCGAACAUCUAUCCCAAUGGCGAGCUUUGCAUAUCGAUCCUUCACCCACCCGAGGAAGACAAGUACGGCUAUGAGAGCGCUGCCGAGCGCUGGAGUCCCGUCCAGACCCCCGAGACUAUACUGCUAAGCGUUCUCAGUCUCUUCAAUGAGCCUAAUGACGAGAGUCCCGCCAAUUUGGAUGCCGCCAAGCUGUUGCGCGCCGAGCGAGAAGGUGGUCCGAAGGAGUUUAGGAAGCGAGUAAGGAAGUGCGUUAGAGAGAGCUUAGGCGAGGAUUAG